UUGGUUGUUUUUUUUCUGCUCAUCAUUUCUUAUUUUGGUAUCUUCUUCCCCUAAUACCAUGGAUGCCUCUGCAUUGGAGCUCGAUGCUCUGAAGUUUGCCAAACUGGCUGUGGUGUAUGACCAAGCCGGAAAAUAUAAAGAAGCGGUGUUCUAUUACAAGGAAGCUGCACAAGCCCUGAUUUAUGCCGGAAUGGCUGGUUCAACACUGGACAAUAUUCAGGACAAAAUAAGGGAGUACUUGGAGAGAGUGGAAGCGUUGUACAGUGCAGUUCAAGGACAGAAUGCUGACCCUUUAAAAACAAAACAUCACUUGGACCUUGAGAGGGCACACUUCCUUGUCACUCAGGCAUUUGAGGAGGAUGAUAAAGGCAAUAUGGAAGAGGCCAUCGAGCUAUACUCUGAAGCUGUUGAACUGUGCAUAACAACGUCUAAUGAUACUACAGAUCAAAACCUACAAGCAAAACUCAAACAGCUGGCUCGACAAGCCUUAGACCGAGCAGAAUCUCUGAAAGAAUCAAUGUCUAAAUCAUCUGCUAAAGACAAAUCUUCUGUAACCAAACCAAAUCAGCCAACAAGAACAUUCUUUCCUCUUGGCCAAGACUUUAGCUUAAAUGAUAAACCGCAGAGUGUACGACCAGGACAGAUCAAUGAGGCUCCUCGACAGAGGUAUACAGCGGAGGAGAUAGAAGUGCUCAGGAAGACGUCGAAGAUAAAUAACAUUGAAUAUGUGCCUUUCAUGAGCGUUGACCUACGGGAACGUUUUGCUUUUCCAAUGCCUUUCUCAGACAAAUUUGGCAAGCUGGCGCUGUCACCCAAACAGAAAGCCAUAUUCUCCAGAUGGGUUCGACCCGAUGAUAUUACAAACAACCCUACAAUGAUCUACACUGUGUCCAGCUUCAGCAUCAAACAGACAAUCGUGUCAGAUUGCUCUUUCGUGGCUUCCCUAGCCAUCAGUGCAGCUUACGAGAGACGCUACAACAAGAAACUCAUUACAAGCAUAAUUUACCCUCAAAAUAAAAAAGGAGAGCCAGAAUAUAACCCGUGCGGAAAAUACAUGGUGAAAUUGCACAUAAAUGGUGUUCCUAGAAAGGUCAUUAUCGAUGACUAUUUGCCUGUGGAUCACAAUGGAGAACUUCUGUGCUCUUACUCAAACAACAAGAACGAGUUGUGGGUUUCCCUGAUCGAAAAAGCCUACAUGAAGGUGAUGGGAGGGUAUGACUUUCCUGGAUCCAAUUCAAACAUAGAUCUGCAUGCACUGACUGGAUGGAUCCCUGAGAGAAUUGCUAUGCAUUCAGACAAUCAAACUUUCGACAAAGAAAGCACAUUUAGAAUGUUGUACCAAAGAUUUCACAAGGGUGACGUCCUGAUCACCACAGCUACAGGAGUGAUGACUGAAGAGGAAGGAGAAAAAUGGGGCUUAGUUCCUACUCAUGCUUAUGCUGUGUUAGACAUAAGGGAAUACAAGACAUUCCGGUUUCUUCAGUUAAAGAAUCCCUGGAGUCAUUUACGGUGGAAGGGACGUUUUUGUGAGAAAGAUGAGAGAAGCUGGACCCCUGAACUGCAAAAAUACUUAAAUUUUGACCCAAGAACAGCACAGAAGAUUGACAAUGGUAUAUUCUGGAUCACCUGGGACGAUCUGUGUCAGUAUUAUGAUGUGAUCUAUUUGAGCUGGAACCCAGGCCUUUUUAAAGACUCAACAUGCAUUCAAAGCACUUGGGAUGCCAAGCAGGGACCCGUUAAAGAUGCAUACAGUCUCGCGAACAACCCGCAAUAUAAACUUGAAGUUCAGUGUCCAAAAGGGGGCGCUGCAGUUUGGAUCCUCCUAAGCAGACACAUCACUGACAAGGAUGAUUUUGCACAUAACAAAGAGUUUAUAACAUUGAUUGUUUACAACAAGACUGAUGGUAAAAAGAUUUACUAUCCAGCUGACCCUGCCCCCUACAUUGAUGGAAUUCGGAUAAACAGCCCUCACUACCUUACAAAGAUGACAUUGACUUCUCCUGGGACUCAUACAUUCACACUGGUGGUAUCUCAGUAUGAGAAGCAGAAUACCAUUCAUUAUACACUUAGGGUCUAUGCCGGUUGCAAGUUUACAUUUUCUAAGAUUCCCACACCAUACACAAUAAAUCGACGGAUUAACGGACAGUGGAAAGGACAGAGUGCUGGAGGUUGUGGCAAUUUCAGAGACACCCACAAGAAUAAUCCUAUUUAUCAGUUUCAAAUGGAAAAGGCUGGACCAUUACUGGUAGAAUUGCGUGGACCAAGGCAGUACAGCGUUGGCUUUGAGGUUAUUACAGUAUCUGCAACGGGAGAUCCAGGUUCAUCUGGUUUCCAGAAAAAAGGCAGUGGUGAUUACAGGUGUGGGUUUUGUUAUCUGGAACUAGAGAAUGUCCCAGCUGGCAUUUACAAUGUUAUUCCGACAACGUUCCUUCCAGCUCAGGAGGGUCCCUUCUUUUUAGACUUCAACAGUGCAAUACCAGUCAAAGUGUCACAGCUCCAAUGAUUGUGGAUAUUCCAGAGAUUCUCAGGAACAGCCUCUCAAAAAUCCCUUCUUCCACUGAGCAUAGCUGAACCCAGCGGGCACCGAGUUUACAUGGCACUUGCAGGGCAUGGCAUUUUUAAGCUGUGAUGCUUCUGACACUUUACCUUACACAGAUUACAUGCCUUCAUCCUUAAAGAGUCUUAUUUUAUGAAAGGUUGUAAGGGAAAUGGGUACUGUUCAUGCCCAGAAUUUAAUCUGUACUUGAAUAUUUUAUUGAAUAAUUCAAAAGAAUAGUGCUAUAAAGAAUAUUUUUUUCCACCA